GAACCCGGCGCGAAAAACUACGAUUAUUUUGUUUACGCAGACAGCAAAGACAUUUCUGAUGUGUACAACGGGAGACAAUGGAGAAAUAAUCAUCCUCAGUGAUGAUGAAGACGAUGAAGAACAUGCUAUAUCAUGCAGUGAAUCCUCGGUGCUCAUUGUGGAGGUGGAGGAUACAAAGAAGAGUGAUUUCGUCCUACCUCCAAAUGCUCUGGAUGAAGACCUGGUCGUGACCUUCUCCCGUCGUGCUGAGGUGCUGCCUCAUGCACGCUAUGACUGCCCCAUACAUCCUUUCACGGCUACAGACUGUGAGAUCAACGCUCCUGUGGCCAGCAACCAGCUCAUGUGUGAUCAGUGCUUCUGCUACAUCUGCGACAAGCUGGCCUCAGCGUGUGCAAUGUGGUGUCACAGUGGCACAUGUCACUGCAACAGCCAUAAAAGGAGCGACUUCUGGAACAACCUGAGGAAUGGCACGCUGCUGGGGGGACUGAAGACUUUCAAACUCACCCUGUCUGAGAUAGACGGUCACCUCCGACGUGCAGAAAUGAUGCUACAGUGCUUCAAACAAGACCUUUCUGCACAGUUAUUAAUCUUCAUGAUGGGAAAGACGUUACAGGAUUAUGGUGUAAACCUGCCAAACCAGAGAGCCCGCAUCUUUGAUUACACCCCUGUGUACGAGUUUGUGUCGUCAUUCCUGAACAAAGCAGAUGAACAGGAUGAAAGAGCUGCUGCCAUCAUGAGACUUGGAGCUGCUGAAGAUUUCGUUAAACAUUUUCAACCCUCAGAAGGUCUCAUCAUACAGUCUGCCUUUGCCUGCGUUGAUAUGGCUAAAGCGACGUUGCUUCACAGGGUCGUAUCAUCAAUGCAGAGACAGCUGGUGAUGGCUGAUUUCACUCCAGAGUUCAACCAAAAACUGCAGAAUUUUUACAAGAGACUACAAUUACCUGUCAAGCUGAAGACCAUGAGGAACAGCCUGUGUGUUCGUCCUUGGGAGGACGUCCUGCUGGUGUCUGUGCUGAAGGGGCAGAAUGUGUCAGGUGUUCGCAAAAACAAAGGCAAGCGGGACGUCCUGAGCGAACCGCUUUCUAUAGUUCUACUGAGAACAGAGCUGCUACAGCAACAGCACAGGUACAGAGAGUUGAGCCGCUACCUGCGUGUCGUCCAGAGUGAUGGCUCUGCACUCUUCCAGCAGGUUCAAGACCUCAUCCCGUUCUUCAUGUGCAUGGACGGACACUUCAUGACGGCUUGCAACAGUUUGUUCCCCUCGGUGAACGCCCCCGCCUCCCGCUUCACGCCGUCCCUCUUCCUCUUCUAUCUCCGCAUCUUUGAAACGGCGACGGCACCAAAGCUGACAGUCAGUCAGCCGGCAGAGCUCUGCUGUCCCGAUGCACCAUGGGAGCCAAUUAAAGAUGCUGUUCCACUGAAGCGUGCUGAGCUGGUGAAGUUUGCUCUCAGGGUUCAGAGAUUCUGCUUUGCUGUCUUCAUUGAUUCUCAGUGUUGGACUCGUUUACUCACAGUUGUCAACACACCUUCUGGUUCAGUCACCGCUCUACCAGCACCGAACGCAGAGUUUCUACAUGAAGCAAAGGAAGUUGUGAAUGAUGUGAUACUGCACAAGCAGCACGGGUCAAACAUACAGAUCCCAUGGAUCUUCCUGGAGGUGUACCCCGAUCAGGCCUUGUUACUGUUGGUAACAGGCGCUUUAGGUUUGAGAAUCCUCAAUGGUGCCCUGAGCCCAGCACUCCCUGUGCUCAACACCUUUAAGGAGAAUGUGUGGGCUCUCCAGUGGCUCUGGGAAAAUUUGUCCUCCGACACAGAACGUCUCAACUCCUUCUUACGGGAAAUCACACAGGAGGUGGAAAACACAUCAGCUUGUCCUGAUGCACAUCGAUGCUACUGCCAGAAUCGUGAACGUCCUGAAAUGCAGAGGUCACUGUGCGGCCGCCUCCUCUGCACAGGCUCAAGUACUGAGAGUUUUCAGUUUCACACAGACGUCGGAGUAAAGCUGCACAGACUGUGAUACGCACAAUAACAUCCUCACUGUUAUUCAGUAUUUAAUAACUGCAUAGAGACACAAUAUGUUGCUUUGUUCUUUAAUGGCUUGUUGGUGGGAACUGGCUACAGAGCUCUGCGCUGUAUGAUUUUUAUUUUGUAUGUUCAUUACCUUCUGGAAAUACUUUUGGAUAUUCUUUUUUUUUUUUAUUAUUGUAAUUGAGGCCAUUAUGUGACACUUUAAAUUAAAUUAAAAAGCUGACAGCUUUAUGAACCACUUUGGCCAAAAGAAAGGAAAGGAAAUAUAAGUCUUGGUUGCUGAAUUAUUUCUUCAAAUGUAGAGUUCCUGUGUAAAAUAUGAUUUUAUUUAUUGUAAAUAUACACAUGCUGAAAUCGG